GUUGGCCGUGAAGCUUGUCGUACAUCUGGCAACCCUGAUCACAGACCUCAGUCACCCGGCAGCUUUGGUAGUGAUUUAUACUGUUUACAGCUACUGCUUCAUUCAUCAAGAAUCAUCUGAGUUGGAGUAAAGAUGGCCGGUCACUUGGUUCCUGUUGAUUUUAGGGUUAACCCCGCCAAGGUGUCUAACCCAGUGGAGAGGAAGACUCUGCUGCAGGAUCUACUACCCAUCAUAGAAACCUUCUCAGGCCCGUUAACUGAGACGUCGGUGUGUGAAGUACCAGGCGGGAACCACGUGGUGCUAUGCUGCUCGGACACUAUGACACUAACAGUCAAGCUCUACUUCAAUGGCCUAGUUACUGCCAAUGUUGAAUACUACACAGAUCAAGUUAAUGAGCACAAAAUUGUUAAUGAUAGGAUCUUCAUCGGUGAUUACAACAGGAAAAUAGAAGAUAACGAAUAUGCGGUUGAACGUCUGUGCAUGAGUUCGUGUGGCACGUGUCUCACUGGCUCGGACUCUCAGCCUCAGUUCUAG